AUGGCGAUGCAAACGCCAAUGUAUGACCUUCUACAGAGCUUUCAGGUGUGGUCAGACCUUGACGAAGCGAAUCCGGGACUCGUCAACGUUGGCGAGAGCCCGAGACCAUCACACAGCGGCGAUGGCACACACCUAGAUGCGUCGAGCGAGACAAUGCAACCGAAAUCACGGACAGGAAAUGGCUCGAUUGCUUUGCUUCAGAUCUUACUACCGGCGUCCAAGCAAAAGGCCCAGUGA